AUGGUCGACCCUCUCCCAGGCGACCCUUCAACUGGGGUACAAGAUUUAUCAGUAAAGCUCACUACAACCCCGGUCUUACAGCCUACACCUUCUCUUCCCACGACAACUCAAGAACCAGAGGAUCAUGCAAACUUGCCAGCUAGUCAAUCUCCUGCAAUCCCUGCAAUAGCCGCAGAACCAAUAUCCGAACCAAAUAAUAGGUUGAUCACUAAUAUCGAUAGAUCAACUUCAAUCCGAAAUAACCGCCGCUCAGUCUUGGAGGCGCGUCCCUCUAAUCGUAUUUCUGGUUUUUGGUCAAAUUUAAUUCACCGGAGGGACACUAUUACCCCGUCAUCCUCUAGAACUUCUCCUCGAGACGAUAGGCCUCAGUCACCUGACCCAGUUCAAUCCGAUUCUAUAUCCAGAUCUCCAUCCCCCACACCGGCCCGACCACUUACACCACCACCUUCACUUUCUCCUCCAACUUUAAGAGAGCUUGGUCUCUCCUUAUCAGUCGUUACUUCAGAUCUUUCCCCUUCACAUUUUACUACUCCUCCAACAAGUGGAACUUUUAUGGCUCCCCACUACCUUCUCCUUUGUCAUGCACAAGGACUCGAUGUCCUUCCUCUCAUAUCUCCACCCGCCCCUCACCCUUACGCACUGGUGCGCAGGGUCAGUUUUAAGAGCGUCGUAGUCAUGGAACAUCGCGGUGUAUUAGUAGCCAUAGCAGGCAGACGAGACGGCGUUCGUGUUUAUGCUCUAGAAGAGGUCAAAAAAGCCGUAGAGUGGCGUAUGGAGGUCGAGACUCGCAGAGAACGCGAAAAGUCCAGAAGGGAGGAGUCAAAGAAAGUCGGUUCAGGCAGCUCCAGUCCGGUUCAACGUGAUUCAACAGAGCCAAAAGUAAAGCCAUUGGCACGUCAGGUAACAAAGACCCCUAGGAAGUCCUCAUUCACGACUACUCCCGCGUCCACACCCCAGAAAAUGCCCAGGCCCCCCACCCUCAAACCGACAACCCCCUGCCAGCCGAUCGACCAGCCCCCUCCUUAUUCUGCAAUAAUAGAAACUACCCGACCCCAUUUGCAGCCACAGGCAUCCACUAUUUCAAUAAAUCUCUCAAGGUCUCGUCGCUCGUCCCUUUCUCACGUCGUCGUCCCCCCCGUUCCCUCCCUACCCAAUCUGGGCAGUACAGAACAGGGAGACCCAAUGGCCAAGAAUGCAAAUUGGCUUGAGGGAAGUGACGACGACGAAGCUAUAGAUAUGCUAACUGCAGGUGCAAGCGGUAGUCAAGCUUUGGAUGAACGCACUAGCGCUAUGCCCCCACCCCGCCUGAGCGAUACCAUAGAUCCUGGUUCAACGCCACUUCCUGUGCGCAGUCAAGCCACGUAUUCUAACCGAAGGAAUCGUCCUGCGAACUUGGAUCUAACUCUGGCCCAACCGAACAUGACACUAGCUCAAGCCCCUGAACCAUCUCCAACCCUGUUGACCAUUCGUCAAGCCUUGCAGAGUUCGCCACCCAACAUUCGCACAACACCUCCCACGCCCGCUUCAGCUGAUCAGCCACCUCAAAUACCACCUCCAGACAUCGACCUAGAUGACGACGACGAUGACGGUGCGAGUGGUACACUGGACCGUAUAACGCUUGCUCAGGCCCUUUUAGAGAGUAGAGCUCCCGAUCUCCCACCAGCAGGGUCAAUGAGACCACAAGCACCCAUUAUGAUUGGGGCAACUUCAUCUGCUACGGUUACGGAGGAUGGCGUGCCGCUCAGUUCUGUAUUGGAGGAUGGUAGCUCUUCACUGGGCCGCCCAAGCAUUGCGAGUCGUCCUGAAAGGCGGAGAAGGAGGUGGUCAGUACUGGCUGGCCUCUUCAACGGCAGUGGUUCGUACGAUGCCGGCCGCUCUAAUGUCCCUGUUAUGUACGAUACUCCCCUGGGAUCCCCCACAUCUCCAACAACUCCCACAAUAGUAUUACCCGAGAUUGAAGAAAGGCCGCUGACACGUUCGCUUUCGACACGUUCACGUCCCUCGGAACCGCCUCAGCUUGCUCCUCGCCCUUCGACGUCAGGAGGACAUAGCGUCUCUCAUGCCUCCACCCGACUACCCCCACCGACUGCUGCUCCACAUCCGACACCUUCCCAUUCCCGCCUUAUUCCUCGAAUUAUUAGCAAUGCGUUCAGUUCCAGGAGGUCUGACGAUCGCCCUCCUAUGCUGGUACUUACAGGUUCGGAGGCCGAAAAGAGGGGUGGAUCACAAACUCCUGCAACACCACUGCCUCCACCAAAGCUGGACUAUGUGAAGCUACCGGGAACGAAAGGCUCCCUUAUCAUUAAGGCCGUGGAGACGCAGAAAAAGAGCUUCCUGGCUAUCCUUUGCGGUGAUAAUGGCGAAAAGGUUGAGCUUUUUGCCGGGACGUAUCGAACAGCCCUGGGCCUUUCUCGUACUUUUAUCCUUCCCGACUCACCGCGUUCUUUGGAACUCCAGCUCCAGGGUGACGACCUUGUCGAAGUUUUUCUUGUCUUUUCUCAAAACGUCUUUGGGUUGGAACCCGCCACAGUAAGAGUUCGCGAGGUUCGAAUUGGUCGAGCCGAGCGACGUGCAGCUCGGCGAAGAGUUCGAGAAAUACGCUCGGGUCAGCCAGAUGUCUUUGACACAGACCCGCCUGCACAGGAUGACGAGGAUACCAACAUCAGUAUCAGCAAUCGACUUUCAUUACCAGCCGGCGAUGAUCCUUCUAGGAAUAAUUCCAAUGCUAAUCUCCCAGACGCACAAUCUCAAUCACACACCCCGACUGGUAGUGCCCAUGGAUCUGCCCUUGCACACGCUGAAGAGCUCGUAGCAUUAGCUUCCGCUCCUCUUGGACCGUAUACCACCUUCCAACAGUUGUCCUAUGCGCCAAAGUUGCCUUUAGCAACCAUUGCUGAUGACUACAUCAUUCCACCGACAUACCCCGACUUCCUUGACUACCGCGCCGAGCACGAACCUGAUGCUCAAGGUAAUGCCAAUGUUGACCUAGCAUCCAUCCAAUUUUCACCUCCUGGCCUACCCAUGCCAGCACCAGCACCGCCUUCGAGAUGGUUUUACCGCGAUCCGAAAGGAGUCGUCCACGGGCCGUGGAAAGCGACCCUCAUGCAAGCGUGGUACAAGGAUGGGUUGCUUCCCCCAGAUCUACCAGUUCGAAAAGAGGAUGAUAAAGAGUUUAUGUUGCUCAAGGAUUUGAGACAGCAGUGCGUUGAUCCUGCCCAUCCAUUCCGGUCCGCACCUCCGCCAUCGGCAACCCAGCAUACCGCUCCUUCAUCAGAUGCUGCUAAACCCCUCUUACACCCAAUAUCUCUUCUCGUCCAGCCUCGACAUUUUGGUCCUCCUGCAUUGUUCUUCUCUUCGCGUGGCGGGCACAGCACGUCCAUAGUCGAUGCUCGUGGUCGGGCUGUUCUCAAAGGCCGCUUUGUCUGGAGCGUGGACAAUGAUGACGACUCCAAAGUGAUCCCCCGCAUGGGAGACGUGAAGCGCGUGGAGGCUUUUGACGUCAAAGACCGUUCUGUCCUCGUGGCCAUGCGGCAAGGAGGAUUGGAAGCGAUGGAUUUCGGUGACGCGUUGCUCAAACCUGCGGAUGAGUCACGUACCCUGCUGCCUCAAUUCGCACCGCCGCCAUCAAAUAUUAACAGACGCGGACCCUUCGUUUGGAAGAUAGGCACUCCUAUCACUUCUUCCACAUCAGGUGCUGCAGCCCUGUCGUCUAAAACCAAAGCGUCAGGCUACCUUGGGAGGAAGCCAAGCCAUUCGGCUGGAAAAUCUCCUGCGAGGUCGGAGUUCCAUGGCACAGAUGGAGAUGCUGAGAACACUGACGAGGUACUCUUCCUUGGGCGUAAGGGAGAUGAGGUCUAUCUAUGCGAACGCAAUACUGGUGCAUUCCGGAUACUGCGACUAUGUCCCGAUUUGUCGUGA